AACCAGUUUAGUCUUCACAGCUGUGAGCCAGGAGAGAUCGUUUCCCGCGGAUACCAUGAUGGUCACGGUGGUGUAUGAUAAUUCAGAGGCAACGGAGCUCUGUGCGGCUCAGCACCUCUACCUCAAGCCCAUAGCAAAGUUGAUGAUCAGUGUAUUGCUCCCUGAGAGCACGGAACCCAUGAGGCCCUUCUCUAACUGGGAAGUUCUUGACCAGCUGAAGAGCCUGAUUUGUCCUGACCAGUUCACCACGGUGCGGCUCUCCAAGAGCACCAAGGACUUCAUCCGAUUUGAGGGGGAGGCUGAAACUCGAAGUUUGGUUCAGAUCCUGAAGGCCAAGUUACACGGGAAGAUCAUCAAGCUAAGCGGUUUGAAAACAGACUUAAGAGUAGUGGCCACAGAUGCCCAGGGGGAGUGGGAACACUUCCCCAAAGGAAAGGGGGCGCCGUUGGGUGACGCGUCUGAAGAGCAGGACCACGAUAAGAGCCCAGAUUCCAUAUACUUCGAAGGCCUGCCCUGCAAGUGGUUUGCACCUAAAGGUUCCAGCGGGGAGAAGCCAUGUGAAGAGAUCCUUCGGGUGGUCUUUGAAAGCUUUGGGAAGAUCAAGAAUGUGGAUAUUCCGAUGCUCGACCCCUACCGAGAAGUCAUGACUGGUGGGAGCUUUGGGGGGUUCAGCUUCGGCUUGCAGACGUUCGAGGCCUUUAUACAGUACCAGGAGUCAACUGACUUUGUAAAGGCCAUGGAGUCCCUCCGCGGGAUGAAGCUGAUGCUUAAAGGAGAUGAUGGGAAAGCUCUGGCAUGUAACAUUAAGGUUAUGUUUGAUACAACCAAACACUUCAGUGAAGGAGCUAUAAGGAGGAGAAAUCAAGAAAGGCUGAAAUUACAGGAGCUGGAGGAAGAAAGGAAAAAAGAAAAGAAGAGAGAAGAGGAAGAGGCUGAAAGAAAGAGAAAAGAGGAGGAGAGGAAAGCCCAGGAAAAGAGGAGAAAGGCCAGAGUCAGGAGGCGCGCCCUGAAGGAAAGGGGCAGACACCGGCAAAGGAGACAGAAGGACAGUGCCAAAGCGGAGGCCCGUCAGGGGCCCAACUCUUCGGAGGACUGGGAGGAGAGGAAGGGCCUGCUGGCCCGGAGGGAGCAGGAGGCCCUCCGCCUGCUGCGGGCGCUCCUGAGGAAAAUCGAAGGGUCUGUACAAUUUAACCCACGGGAGGUAGAUGUUGCAGGCUCCAAAGCUAAUCGUGCUCGGGGGACCACACUGGGAGCUCUGAAGAAAGAAGAGUUAAACACUCAGUAUCUUCAAAAUCAGGAGGAAAUGCCAAGAUAUCAGGUUUCCAAGUCAGAUAAGAAGCGAAAAAAAAAAAAGAAGAAAAGAGCUAGGGCUCACUUACGUAAAUCUUCCCGCCACCUUGGGGAAAAAAAAUUAAGAUAUUCAGCUAGAAAAGAGAGAACUGGAAAAUUAUUAACCAGUGAAUACAAUCACAGUUUGCUCCCUGAUCGGAAUUCUUUGCAAAUUGCAAUGAUUCAAGGUCAAUCUCUUGAGAAAGAAGACUACCAUGGUUCUAAUAAAUCCUAUUCUUCCAGAUUAGUUGAGAGAGACCAUGGCAGGAAACAGAAGAUCUAUGAAACAGAUGAAUUUAUUGACUAUCUUUUAAACUACUAUCAAAGUCCAAAAUAUGCCCGUAUCUGCCUAGAACCAAGUCACAUAACAAGCACAUGUCAGUGGCAGAGGGUCGUCCAUGCGAAAGGAAGUGGAUUUCAAAUCAAUUUGAGAAAACAUAAGUGUCAUUUAACCAGUUUGAGCCAAAUGCAAAACCUAGAUAGGAGAGAACAGGUGCAAGAAGACGAUUCCUGGACAAAGAUUUAUACUCAGGAUCCUGAGCAUAAACCAGAAAAGAGAGGAAAAGUGGAUUAUGCCAAAGAAUGUAGAAUGUUUAAGGGGUUUAAACAUCAUUGCAAGGACACAGUAUGUGAAGCUGGUGAUCGGCCAUCCCCAACUUUUGGAAAGAGCCAUCUGUUGGAACAGACUCAUGCUUACCAGGUCCAAGAUUCCAUAUCCACAAGUCAAAGCCAAGUUUCCUCGCCCAACAGGUCAGCAGACUUUAAUUUGGAGUUGACAGAUUUCUUAGAGGAAAUUAGCAGUGAUUCUGAAUGUUUCAGUGAAAUCCUUAGCAUAAACAAAGAGGAGAAAGAGAAAUCUGUGGCCACACAUGAUAGCUCCCCAGAAAAGGGAUCUCUUGACGCUGAUGAAAUCAUCACUUGCGAUCCAGAAAUUAGGUCAAGUCAGCAAACCUUGUAUUCAGAGUGGAAACAUGAGGAGGAAAAAUACUCUAAAUACGAGCUUAGGAAACCAGGCAAGAGGUCCAAUUAUGAACUGAGAUGUUCAUGGCUUGAGGGUGAAAACAAUUCUAUUAGAGAUGAGAAGAGCAACAGCAAAAAGAGGGAAAUAUUGGCUCCCAAAUACGUAUUUGAUAAAAGCUACCACCACGAAUCCAGUGCCAGUGAUCAAUUAGACACUGUCACAAGAAAGAGGAGGCGGUUUAGUGAUAGUACAUUUGACCAGAAAGUGAACUAUAGGCCCUUUCAUGUGCCAAGAACAUCGUCAAAAAGUGCUAAUGCUUCCUAUUUGGGGGAUUUUCCCAAAAGAAGAGAGGCUCCACGGAAGUCAGAACAUAACCAGGAUGCAAGGAGGUUUAAAAGAUAUGAGAAUUCUGAAGAUUUCAUGCUGAAUUCUGAUAAUUACUAUAUCAGACGUAACAGUCAGGAGCACAUUGACGACGGAAGCUAUUCAGGAAACAACUACACUGGUUCUUUAUAG